CGGGAGGGACCGAGCGAGGGAGCGAGCGGAGCGGCGUCGCCGGAGCCAAGCCGCGCCGCCGGCCCGCCAGCCCGCGCUCCAGUCCGCCGUGUCUAGCAGCGGGGCCCAGCAUGGUCAUGGCGGAUGGCCCGAAGCACUUGCAGCGCGGGCCGGUCCGGGUGGGGUUCUACGACAUCGAGGGCACGCUGGGCAAGGGUAACUUCGCUGUGGUGAAGCUGGGGCGGCACCGGAUCACCAAGACGGAGGUGGCGAUAAAAAUAAUAGAUAAAUCUCAGCUGGAUGCAGUGAACCUUGAGAAAAUCUACCGAGAAGUACAAAUAAUGAAAAUGUUAGACCACCCUCACAUCAUCAAACUUUAUCAGGUAAUGGAGACCAAAAAUAUGUUAUACCUUGUGACAGAAUAUGCCAAAAAUGGAGAAAUUUUUGACUACCUUGCUAAUCAUGGCCGGUUAAAUGAGUCUGAGGCCAGGCGCAAAUUCUGGCAAAUCCUGUCCGCUGUUGAUUAUUGUCAUGGUCGGAAGAUCGUGCACCGUGAUCUCAAGGCUGAAAAUCUCCUGCUGGAUAGCAACAUGAACAUCAAGCUAGCAGAUUUCGGCUUUGGAAAUUUCUUUAAAAGUGGGGAACUGCUGGCAACAUGGUGUGGCAGCCCCCCUUAUGCAGCCCCAGAAGUCUUCGAAGGGCAGCAGUAUGAAGGACCACAGCUGGAUAUUUGGAGCAUGGGAGUUGUUCUUUAUGUCCUUGUCUGUGGAGCUCUGCCUUUUGAUGGACCGACUCUUCCAAUUUUGAGGCAGAGAGUUUUAGAAGGAAGAUUCCGGAUUCCGUAUUUCAUGUCAGAAGAUUGUGAGCACCUUAUUCGAAGGAUGUUGGUCCUAGACCCGUCCAAACGGCUAACAAUAGCUCAAAUCAAGGAGCAUAAAUGGAUGCUUGUAGAAGUUCCUGUACAGAGACCUGUUCUCUAUCCACAAGGGCAAGAAAAUGAGCCAUCCAUUGGGGAAUUUAAUGAACAGGUUCUGCGAUUGAUGCACAGCCUUGGAAUAGAUCAGCAGAAAACCAUCGAGUCUUUGCAGAACAAGAGCUAUAACCACUUUGCUGCCAUUUAUUACUUGUUGGUGGAGCGCCUGAAAUCACAUCGGAGCAGUUUUCCCGUGGAGCAGAGACUCGAUGCCCGCCAGCGGCGGCCUAGCACCGUGGCUGAACAAACAGUUGCCAAGGCACAGACGGCGGGGCUCCCAAUGACCGUGCACUCACCGAACAUGAGGCUGAUGCGGUCCGCUCUCCUCCCUCAGGCGUCCAAUAUAGAGGCCUUUUCAUUCCCAGCGUCUGGCUGCCCGGCGGAAGCAGCGUUUAUGGAAGAAGAGUGUGUCGACACGCCAAAGGUAAAUGGCUGUCUGCUGGACCCCGUGCCCCCUGUCCUGGUGAGGAAGGGGUGCCAGUCGCUGCCCAGCAACAUGAUGGAGACCUCCAUCGAUGAGGGGCUGGAGGCGGAGGGAGAGGCUGAGGAAGACCCCAGUCAGGCCUUCGAUGCGUUCCAGGCCACACGCAGUGGGCAGAGGCGGCACACUCUCUCAGAAGUGACCAAUCAGCUGGUCGUGGUGCCUGCUUCAGGGAAAGUUUUCUCCAUGAGUGACAACCCCUCCCUUGACAGUGUGGACUCUGAGUAUGAUAUGGGGUCUGUUCAGAGGGACCUGAACUUUCUGGAGGACAACCCUUCCCUUAAGGACCUCAUGUUAGCCAAUCAGCCCUCCCCACGCAUGACGUCUCCCUUCAUCAGCCUGAGACCUGCCAACCCAGCCAUGCAGGCUUUGAGCUCCCAGAAGCGAGAGGCCCACAACAGGUCGCCAGUGAGCUUCAGAGAGGGCCGCAGAGCGUCGGACACCUCCCUCACCCAAGGAAUUGUGGCAUUUAGACAACAUCUUCAGAAUCUGGCCAGAACCAAAGGAAUCCUAGAGCUGAACAAAGUACAGCUACUGUAUGAACAAAUAGGACCAGAGGCAGACCCUGAUUCGUCACCCGCUGCUCCUCAGCUCCAGGACCUCGCUGGCAGUUGCCCUCAGGAGGAGGUUUCUCAGCCGCAGCAAGCGGUCCCCGCUGUGCCCAGCAGUGUGCGUCCUCAGCUUUCCCCACGCCAGAGCCUGGAAGCCCAGUAUCUACAGCAUAGACUCCAGAAGCCCAGCCUUCUCUCAAAAGCCCAGAACACCUGUCAGCUUUAUUGUAAAGAACCACCACGGAGCCUCGAACAGCAGCUGCAGGAACACAGACUCCAACAGAAGCGACUCUUUCUCCAGAAACAGUCUCAGCUGCAGGCGUACUUUAAUCAGAUGCAGAUAGCAGAGAGCUCGUACCCGCCGCCGAGUCAGCAGCUGCCCCUGCCCCGCCAGGAGACAGCCACGCCGUCCCCGCAGCCCCCGCCUUUCAGCCUGCCCCAGCCCCUGAGCCCCGUCCUGGAGCCCGCCUCCGAGCAAAUGCAGUACAGCCCCUUCCUCAGCCGGUACCAGGAGAUGCGGCUGCAGCCCCUGCCCUCUGCGCCCCAUCCCCGGGCUCCUCCACCGCCCCCGCCGCCACCCCCUGCGCAACAGGCGGGAGCCGCCCCAACCCCCUUACCGUUCUCCUAUCAGACUUGCGAGCUGUCAGGGGCUGCCUCCCCGGAGCCAGACUACCCCCCUCCCUGCCAGUACCCCAUGGAUGGAGCCCCGCAGAGCAGCCUAGCAGCACAGGACUGUCCCCGGAGCUCAGGACUGCAGGAGGCCCCCUCCAGCUACGACCCUCUAGCCCUCUCAGAGUUCCCCGGACUCUUCGAUUGUGAGAUGCUGGAGGCUGUGGACCCACAGCACAGUGGCUACGUCCUGGUAAAUUAACCUCAGCACAGGAAGUGAGGCGGGUCGAGUGAAGGAAGAAUGUCUGUUUCUAUUUUUAUUCCAGCCUUUUAAAUUUAAAGCUUAUUUUCCUGCCCUCUCCCAACUGGAGAAAAAGUUAAGUUGCCCAACUGGAAUCAGAGGGCCUGGCCAGGCACAUGUCGCUUUCUCCUGGCUCUGUCCCACCACCGUCUUCUGGGGCAAGUGCCGGAGUGUAGUGGUAGCUGAGGCUCGUGCCCUUACGUCAAGUGGAGCCAGCUCUCAUGGGAGGACUGACAGAUGUUUUUGUAAGAAGACAUGCAGCCCUAGGUUUUCUGUAGAACGACGCUAAUUCGUUAUCGAGGGAAACCUUGGUGGAAGCAGGAAAAACUGUGCCAUUAGAUGUGGGCAGAACAACACAACACUAGAUUUUUCACUGAAGCCAAGCAACAGCACGUUCUGUUAGGCAAGUCAAGAAUAUGUAAUGGACUUUGAUGCACAGGAAGUAAAGGAAAAAUUGUGCUUGGUCACGGAGUCCUGAGUUUGAAGCUGCAGGUUGUCCCCAAGACCACUGCAACGAAGUGGAACGUGAGCUUUGUUUCGGGGGUCACGAAGCCACAGCUGGCACUGACCCCUGAGACGGGCAGUGGUCCCCACCUGGGAGCAGUGGCACCCCUUUUCCGAAGGUUCCCGGGGUGCAGAGUGGACUCGGGGCUCCAGCGCUGUCACCUGUGGAACCACGAGACCCAGCG